AUGGUCGACACGAGGGCUCGCCUGCAAGUGUUUGCCGCGCAUGAACCCAGCACGUCCCGCUCCUCCCUGCUGCAGAACAGCCUGCUCUGGCGGCUCUUAAAAGCGGACAUGAACUGCCCUCUGAAGGACAUGGUCCGCAUGCUGGUGGAGCUCAUCGGUGAGAAGGGGCCGGCCAGUGACGAUGACAUGGACAUGGAUGGAGACACUGAUGCAGCCAAGGUUGUCAAGUCAGCAGAGCACAGGGCCAUGGGGCCGACAGAGUGUGCCGCAAUGGCACGCCUGCUCCUCAACCUCAUCCUGGAGCUCUUCGGGACUGCAGAGGAUGCGUCGCUAUUCAACUCGAGGUCACCGACCCGCGUUGUGUCGACGGGGCGCUUCAGCAACUACCGCGCUGAGCUGGACGGCCUGCUGCUGCCGCUGCUGACUGGGUCCACCACCGUGCUGCCCAGCCUGCCCCAGAAGGCCCAAUUCCUUGCCGCCCUCCACGCGUGCGACCGCCUGCGACUCCUCGGCAUGGUGGUGGCAAAGAAGCGGGUGAAGCGCAAUGGGGACGACUACGUGUUGCUGGACGGGGCGCUGUGGCAGGCAGAGCACGCGUCGUGCGAGGCGGAGCAAUUCAUCGACUUUGGCGCGGCGGACGCGCUGCAGUAUCUGGCGGACGAGAUGGCCAAGUCGGAGGACCUGGCGCAGAAGGUGCUGUGCUUGCGCGAUGGCGCUCCCUCCUCCGACGGCCUCGCCCUCCUCGUCUCCAGCCUCCUCGGCGCCGGCGCUGCUCUGCUGCCCUCAGGGCCAGAGAGGGAGCAGGACCUUGCUCGACUGGGUGCGGUGGCCGACGAUUUGACCGGCCGCCUCUUGGAGCGCCACAAGAAGGGGGCAAGUGGAACGCUGGCGCAGGAGUCCCUUGCGGCGCUGGCUGCUGCAAACGCCAGCCUCACAGCGCUCCAGUCAGCAUCUUGAAUUGCUUGGUUAUUUUGUGUAGAAUUUGUGUACUAGAACGAGAUGUUGGCAGCGUAGCCUUGAAAAUGAGCUCCCCGGACAAGAUAGCCAGCCCCAUAUGCUAGGUUGACGUACUGGGCCUGUAAUAAUGUGCUACUCUGU